ACAUAGCUUCAGACGACACUCGACAAGGGUCAAUUGCGCGCUUCUUGUCGCUGAUGCCGAAUGUCUCUCAGCAGACAUGCUUGCCGGCAUGCCCUGCAGCCACCUACCUCUGCGCUCAUCGACCAUGUGUGGAUCAGUGAUGACCUACUCGCAUCGACCUUCAAGCGGUUCGUAAACUGCCAGAAACGCCAUGAAAGCAAGGUGCCGGGUCCAUUAGAGGCGCGGAGGCGUCUUGCGAAGCGGAGGAAUACGGCAUUGGCUAGUGUGGGCAAUUAUGGGUUGCCAGACAUGGGCAGUCUGUUUGGGAGGAAUGGGACGGGGCAUAUGAAGUGGAAGUCGAAUGAUUCCAACUUUGCCCUUUCUUCACAAUUUGACUCACUCGGUUCAUCAUACUCUUAUGCUCCGAGUCCCCCUGCGCCGCCCAUGCCUUCUUUUCUAGCCGAGGGAAGUGACGAUUUAGAUGAUGCUGAAAUACCUUUUUCGUGGUCGAAGCACUCCAGUCAGCUGAGCACGACUGCUCGAGAUGAACUGCUGGAGGAGGAGCUGAAAAAACAUUGGAGGGUGGAUGAUAUACGGAAGAUAAUCUGCGAUUUCGACCUUGAUAUCAAACACGACCCAGCCUACAGCCAGAUGAUUUUUGGCAAUAUGCUAUCUCACACGCUGCGCCGCGAGGAAUCAGUGGUGGAGCUGAUAGCCUUCUUGGAUGACCCGACGCUCAACGUGCGUAACGCGGGAAAUUAUCUAUCGUUGGUGGAGCAUCUGGUCGCAUACGAGGCGAGCGCAUCCAACAGGGAUGAAUUCCUUUGUGCCAUUAAUCGAGCGCUCGAGCUCGGCUUAAUCCCAACUGAAGAGAUUGGCCUAAUCAUCGAAGGGCUGCCAGAGAUAAAGGUUGGAACUGGGACACUGCGAUCCGAGGAUCCGAACGGACUCGUGCGCUGUUAUCGGAGUCUGUGGGAUGCGCUACGGAGUUGUAACGUGCUGCGGGUCGAAGACCUGGAACAGGAAAUAUUCCAGUCGUGGCUGGAUGAGCUUGCUCAGACGGAGUUGCACAAGGAGGUGUUACUGCUAGCAAGGGAUAUUAUAGUGUCUACACAUCCUUCACCCACCCAGGACUGUAGCUGGGUGCCAUGCUUUAUUUCACAGUGGCUAAGCCUUCCGACGGACUCAGUCCAAGACGAGUCCGGCUUCGACCAGAGGAAGUACAACAAUGACUAUGUUCAGAGUUUGCUCGCGUGCUUCUCGCCCCAUCUGGCUUCAAACUACAUUAUCGAGGUGACAGAACACCUCGCGUUGACCUUGGAAGAGAAAAUGCAUAGAGACGUGGUGUUCAAAGCUUGGAGAAAUUUCCUGAAAAAUGUCAGCAAUCUUGAAGUUCUCCUGUCAUCUCGAGCGUGGCUGUCCCUGAAAUCAGCAAAAAGCAAGACAAGGCGGACCGAGGAUUCCAAUAGUCCCCAUCCUAGCCUUCAAACCCACCAAGAGAUUCUCAUUCGCCUGUGGAUCUUAAAAUCCCUUGGUCGCUCUGUCUCUCGAUAUCACUCUUGGGAACUUCCCCAGUCUGUCGUGACGGUAGUCUCGGAACUUCUUGUCCGUUUCACCAGGAUUACGAGGGAUUGGGAGGAGAGAGACGUCCUAGUGAACCUCGUGAAGGGUCUUCAAGAAUUGAACAUUCCAUCUAACAAUGUUAUCAUGAUGGCUAUUGCCGUCAAAACAAAAAAGCAACCCAAGGAUCUGGCACGGAUGGCGUUGAAGCAACUGGAGGCGUCAGAUCAGACUAUCACGGACCUGUUCGCAAACAGACUGAGCUAUUUGGCUACCCGCCGCUACUUCGGUUCAAGCUUCGAAAAGACGGUCCGCAAGAUCGAUAUCACUAGUACUUCCUUCAUCGAGCAAAGCAAGAGUUUCGUAAAGAGUGGCGGCGUCAAUGACUAUCUAAUCGUGCUUCGAAUCUUGCGCUCCCAUACUCCGCUGAAGAUUGCGCUCUCGCGAGCAUGGGGCCCGCCACCAGACCUGGAUUCGGCUGGCACUGCACUCGCAUUAGCCCGAGAUCCUGAACAUCCUGAUCCGCAUGCAUGCCUGGAACUAAUCCAUCUCCUCGCCAUCACUUUCGCAACUGCCAAGAACUUGACUCCUCGCCAGGCCUACCGAGUGGUGCAUUGGCUAUACCUUUUCCUGAGGAAACAUCAAGCUCCUAUCAAACCGCCGCUCGUCCGUGCAAUGUACCAUUGCGGAAUCACUCGGUACCAACAAGCAGGCAUGCAUGUCUCUACUCUGCGGUACAAGUUCAUUAUGGAUCUUGUGGGCGAGGCCGAAGACCCCGAGGUGGUUAUGGCAUUGAGGAAUGUACCCGCAUAGACUGUCGACAGCCUUGUGCCUAUUGCUUCUUGCGCACAGAUGUUUCUGCGCAAUAGCUCUGCUCCUGGAACAUCGUUUCCGUGAUAAGGCUUUUAUAUAGAGAUUAGACUAUGUAUAUAUAGUAGAUACCCGGUACUUUAGAAAAGAAAAGAAAAAAAAAGAAAUAUAUGACUUCGAUCCCGCGAUCGAUCAAUCUUUUACAGCAG